UCGCGACAGCACUCUAGCACUCAGUCAGCAGUAGCACGCGCUGCGCACCUGAUACUCUGCGUGCGUUUGGAGGCCAUGCAUGGAGUAGUGCAAGACGUACCCCGGUUCGACUAUGUUGAGGUUGCCCCGACCGAUCUAGAGCCGCCAAGCGGUUCGCGGCGGGGGAGCUCUAGUUGCUGUCCAUUGCUGGGAACUCCAAGGGUGCAGAUGAUGGCGUUUGUUGUGGCGCAGCCGAUUACCGCCACUCUCUGGAGCUGGGCUCUGCACGGCGUGAUCCCUUCAAUACGAGAGGCCUUCAGCUCCCACGGCUAUCUCGUGAACAUCCUUCUCUUCUAUUUGGUGUUUUCGUUUCUGGUGGUCGGGUUGUUCCCCCUCGGGGUAAUCGACCUUGCGGCGGGAUUCUUGUUCGGGGUGUGGGUGGGGUUUCCAGUGGCGUUGGCGACCAAGACGUCGGGGUCCGUCCUGUGCUUCAUCCUCUCGCGGUGCACAUGCAGCGAGUAUCUCCGGAGAACUAUGGUGGAGCACUACGAUUGGCUGGCGGCGCUGAGCCUCAUGAUGAAGGAACAACAGUUCCGGGCGAGGAUGUACGCGGGCGUGACUGCGCUGGCCUUGUCCCUGGAGAGCUUCGUGCUUGUCCCGAUCGGGGCUAGGAUUGAUUCGCUCGAGAACAUGAUGUCGAGGAAGCACACGCUGCAGGAGAAGGCGGCUCUCGUGCUGGGGGUCGUCUUGCUGCUCACCUUAGUUUUCGGCAUCAGGCGAACCGUGCGGUUGCAGAUCGAACAAAUACAGCGGGACACCGCCGCCAGGAGCAGCGGUGGCGACGGUUGCGGGAGUUUGCAGGAUACGGGAAGAGGUGUUCCACCAAGAGGAAGGCGAGAGGGUGGUGCGGGUCACAGUUUCAGCGGGAGUCGGCUGCCGCCAGGGGAAGGGCGGUUUGCUGUCGCCCGCGACACGUCGCUUAUUGACGAGCACGCGUCUCUUUGACUGCGUUGGGCAGUCCUUUUGGCCCUUCCGCGAAAGAAAGACCAUGGUAUGCUUGCUCUUCCGUGAAAGGGAGCAAAGAAGUACCAUGGUAUGCUGUUCUGUGAAAGGGAGAAAGAAGCUAGAUGUAGGUAGCUGCGGAUCACGCGGUUCUCUGGCAGUCCGUUGGCCCAUCCGUAAAAGGGAACAACGCAAGACCAUGGUAUUCUUGCCCUUGCGUGAAAGGGGAGCAAACAAGCACCAUGGUAUGCUGUUCCGUGAAAACAUGUACCAUGGUAGCUGCGGAUCCUGGGGCGCGGUCGAUAUUCCGGGAUAGAUGAUGUGUCUACGCAAGCAAAGUAGGUAACGUAGACUAGAGAAUCCGCGUAUCCAAGCAGGGAUGGCAUACUGGCGCGUGUGAGCAGCAGCCGAUGCUAUGCUAGGAUUCACCUGCACCAGCGCAGCGGCAGUCGCAUCGAACACACGACGCGUGCAUCUUACACUUCGUGGCAGACCGGAUUUGUUAUUUGUUUUUGCUUGCCUCCUUCGCCAGAUUAGAUCAACUCUUUCAUUCGGGGGAUCCGCACGGGCGUGUGGUGGUUUGUGUUAUUUAAUUCCGUCUUGCUUCCGGGCGAU